UUAGGUCGAAUCCUAAAGAAAAAUCAAAUACACAUGAAGCAACUAUAUCGGGUACCAUUUGAUAGAAAUUCAGAGAGAGUGAAACAUCUGCGCAAUGAGUAUGUGGAGAGAGUCUUGCAAAUGGAUGCAGCAGAAAUUCAACAUGAAUUUAUAUAUGUGGAUGAGGCUGGAUUUAACCUUGCGAAAACAAGAAGAAGAGGGAGAAAUGUCAUUGGACACAGGGCAAUCACCAAUGUGCCAGGGCAGCGAGGGGGAAACAUCACCAUUUGCGCUGCUAUCACACAAAAUGGGGUCCUCCACCACCAUGCAAAUCUGGGACCAUAUAAUGCAAAUCUAAUUCUUGCAUUUCUUGACCGAUUGCAUGAGAUUGUCACAGCAUUACACCAAGUGGACCAGAUGCGGUACAUUGUCGUUUGGGACAAUGUCUCAUUCCAUCGGGCUGCUCUGGUCCAGAAUUGGUUCCAUGAUCACCCUGAUUUUGAAGUCUUAUACCUUCCCCCAUACUCCCCCUUCCUGAAUCCUAUAGAAGAGUUUUUUUCAGCGUGGCGGUGGAAGGUAUACGACCUGCGGCCCUAUGACCGUUUGCCCCUCAUUCAGGCAAUGGAGCAGGCCUGUGAUCUUAUUGAAGCAGCUUCUGUGCAGGGGUGGAUUCGUCACACAAGGCGAUUCUUCCAACGGUGCCUUGCCAAUGAAGACAUAGCCUGUGAUGUGGAUGAAAUCUUAUGGCCUGAUCCAGCCAGACGGAGAGAUGAAUAGUUACAGUAUUCUUGUUGGAUUUACAGUUGUUUUCUGUAAUUUCUGUUUACUUUACUUUUCUUCAGAGUCAAAGUGCAUGUACUGUAAUUCAUGCAGUAAUUUUUAUUUGUCUACAGAUUUAAUGUU